AUGGAGAUCUCUUUGUGUACCUUGGAAGUGCACUUGUCUGACUGUCUGAGCAGCUUGCGCAUGUACAUCAAGAGCAUGGAUGCUGUGUGGAAGCACAACUAUGGGUAUACGGGUCAGUACAGAGAUAAGAUCAGAGAUGUUAUCGAAGAUUUCAAGCUCGACGUUAAGAUUCCACCAUUGGAACUGCAUCUCAGCUAUGCCCGCGGUUUCAAGCAAACAUGGCGGACCUUGUCAAGCUCCCUGGGCGCGCAUGCGGGAUGCAAGGACUGGCGGGAGGUGGAUGAGAAACAUGCGAUCUGGGACUUCCUCAACUGCUGCCUCGACAUCGAUCCCCGCACGAGGAUUACGGCACUGGAGGCUCUGAAGCAUCCCUUCCUCAUUAGUGCUGUCAAGUAA